AUGGAUUUUGUUACAGGUUUACCUAUAUCUCCAAAGGGUCGAGAUGCAAUAUGGGUCAUAGUGGAUCAUAGAGAUUCCAAGUUUACUUCCAAAUUUUGGGGAAGUUUACAAAAAGCGUUGAGUACGCAACUAAAUUUUAGUACUGCUUUUCAUCCCCAAACUGAUGGACAGUCAGAGAGAACCAUUCAAAUUUUAGAGGACAUGUUGAAAGCAUGUAUUCUAGAUUUUAGGGGAAGUUGGGAAGAUCAUUUGGUGUUGACAGAAUUCCCCUACAACAACAGUUAUCAAUCUAGUAUUCAAAUGGCACCUUAUGAAGCUUUAUAUGGAAGACCUUGUCGGUCACCUGUAUGUUGGACUGAAGUAGGAGAAACUGUGUUGCUAGGACCUGAUUUGGUACAGGGGACAACUGAAAAGAUUAAACUUAUCAAGCAAAGUCUCUUAACUGCUCAAGUCGACAAAAGAACUACGCUGACCGAAGAAGGAAACCACUAA